UGGGAGUCCAUCCCCCAGAGGAGAAGGAGGAGGAAUGGAGAAGAAAGGGAGCAUGAGACAGAGGACAAGGUGCUGUGGAGGCAUCGCAGGAUCGUACCGGAGCCCAACUGCCCUGGGGACCCAGUCUGCUCCAUCAUACAGUACAUGGAGCGUUGCGAGGUCAACUCGUCCAGUCUGAUUCUGUGCCGGAGCCCGGCUUUGGAGCCCUCUGUGUGGGGCUCACAGGUGGACGUGGCCUUCCUCCUGGACAACCUGCGCUUCCCGUUUGGUGCCGUCAGCCCCCAGGGGGCAUUUAGCUAUGAGCCUAACCCCGUGCUGCACCCGCUCAACCAGCAGGAGCCCCUCAAGCCCUACCGCUACAACCCAGGAAGCUUUAUUCAGCUGGAGGGUGAGAACUUGGACCUGGCCAUCUCUAAAGAGGAGGUGGUGGUGUUGGUGGGGGAGGGGGUGUGUGCUGUGAAGACCCUGACCAGGAACCACCUGUACUGCGAGCCCCCACCCCAGCAGCCCUCCCCGGGACUCCCCAAUGGCGGAAGGAAACGCGAGGGUGCCGACACGCUGCCUGAGUUCACUGUCCACAUGGGCAACCUGAACUUCUCCCUGGGCAUGGUGCAGUACGACAUCCUCAGCCUGUCCACCUUCCCCCUGGAGGCCCAGGUAGGGGUGGGCGUGGGGGCCUCCAUCCUAGCCCUCAUUGUCCUCAUCAUAGUGCUCAUCUACAGGAGGAAGAGUAAACAGGCUCUGAGGGACUACAAGAAGGUUCAGAUCCAACUGGAGAACCUGGAGACCAGUGUGAGAGACCGCUGCAAGAAGGAGUUCACAG